AUGACUUUUUCCCACGGGCGAAACAGCGUAAAGUCUUCUUUCCAGCCGCAGGAACUCGCCGAAAGCAAUCCCGACACGCAUACAACCCGGCAAUAUCUCGGUGCUGAGCUUCCUACUGAGCUUACAUGCGCAAUUGCAACCUUCUUGGGCACCAACGAUGUCUUGUCCCUCCGCCUUGCAUGCCGGAAUCUCAACACUCAACUGCACGACACGUUCAUCAACCUCUGUCCUGUCACAGCUGCAACUACAGUCACCAACCUUACCAGGCCAUGCCUGGGUGCUUUCCUCGCUGCAUGUCAGCAUCCAGGCUACGCACACAAGGUUGAAAAGCUUGGGAUCAUCUCUGAGUGGCCUACUCCUCUUGGCGCUGACAUCGCCGCGAACUCCAGCUCCGAGGCACAACGACGCCUCACAGCAACGGACGAUGACGUCGCGCUGCUCAGAGCAGUGUUGGUGCUGCUGCAGAACAUGAACACAGUGGCGAUCGUGCCGGCCGAGCUGAGCCCAGUUGCGCCGUUACGGAUCCUGCCAGGCAGCCUGCAGGCGUCGGAUCGAUCAGGCACAAAUCCAGUGUAUGGAGAUGACUGCCCACAGCGCACUGUCAACACCGUGAUGCGAGCGCUUGCGGCUGUGGAAGGGAGAAUGUCGCUGGACCGCUUCGAGAUGCGCAUGAGGCCGGGCGCGGGAUUGGUUCCUGGAGCAGAGAUUUUCAGUGCCUCCUCAAGCGGUGGAAGACGCGGCAGCGACAAUGCAGGGGGACCAGUGGGGACCGUUAAAAUGGAGGAAGUGGGUCAUGAGGAAGAGAAGAAAGAUCCGAUGCAGAACGAAAAUGAUUUCUGGCGCGGCCUUGCCGCCUCGUUUGCGAACCUCAAUACUCUUUCUCUGGUGCUGAAGUCGGGUGAUCCCGCAAUAAUGCCGCCACUGCGCCGUUUCUUCGCGCUGUUUCCCCAUCUCCGUUCGCUUCGCCUGGAUCUCCAGGCUCAGUAUGGCUGGAGUGAUGGUUGGAAAUACGACAUCAACCCGGCCUUUUCCACCACACGAUUCACAUCCCUUGAGCGCCUAGAGCUGUACUGCUUCAACAUUCCAUCCGCCUGGGAGUUACUGCACUUCAUCGAGCCUUGUGCAAACACCCUUCAACUACUAUCCUUCUGUGGCGCCACUUUGCACCGUGGUGAAGAUUGGCAGAGCGCUGACUGGGUUGUAUUUUUCCAGGGCUUUCUGGAUUUGCUGAUUCGAGAGAAGAUGCCUUUGAAAGAAAUGUUCCUUCGAGAUUUGUACCAGGAUACCCACUAUGACGGUGGGCCUGAGCCGGCUUUGGUACGUUUUGUUGAACAAGAAGAGAAGUGGGGUUGGAAUCGAAAAGAGCGUUUCGAGGAUGCCGCCUGGCUGGAAGAACAUCAUCCAGGCAAUGAUGAGGACGCGGAUGAGGACGUUGUGUAUCUGAGGGGAAACGACACCAUACUAGAAGCGCUGCCUGAUUUGAUCGAGGCAAUCGUGUUGGAUCCUGAAUGA